GCCCAUCUUUGCUUGAUAUUUAAUUGAAUGGAUGGUUUUUUUUUAUGAAUUAUUUUGUACAUUAUAUUCCCAGGCAAUGAAUGAGAAGAACCAGACGUGGGUCAGUGAGAUUGUUCUCUUGGGAUUUCAGAAUCUCCACAACUUCAAGGUUCCCCUGUUCUCUCUGUUCCUUCUGAUUUACAUUGUGACCGUUUGGGAGAACGUCCUCAUCAUAGUGUUGGUGGCCUUCAGCCGGAACCUCCACUCCCCCAUGUACUUCUUUCUCCAGCAGUUGGCUCUGUCUGAUCUCCUGCAGAUCACAAAUAUUGUACCAAUCUUGCUUCAGACUAUAAUCUAUGGUGGAACCACGCUGUCUCUUCCUGGUUGCAUCACUCAGUUAUAUUUUUUUGGUGGUUCAGAAGGUUGUGAGUUUCUACUUCUCUCAGUAAUGGCCUAUGACAGAUAUGUGGCCAUCUGCAUCCCCCUGAGAUACACUUCUAUAUUGAACCCCAGGGUGUGUUUUAUAUUAAUCCUAAUGUCAUGGCUUCUUGGCUUCGGCAUUGCAGUGAUUACAGCAAAUCUCAUGGGAGCAUUAGAGUUUUGUGACCAAAACACCAUUGACCAUUUCUUCUGCGAUUUCUACCCACUUCUAGAGCUUUCCUGCUCCGACAAGUUUCCUCUGCAAAUUGAAGCAUUUUUUCUAUUUGUCCCCAUGGUUUUUAUGCCGUUCAUACUUCUCAUUGUAUCAUAUAUGUGUAUUGCCCAUGCAAUCCUAAAGAUAGUGUCCCAUACCGGGAGGCAAAAAGCCUUCUCCACCUGCAGCUCCCACUUGGCCGUGGUCUCCAUGUUUUAUGGGGCUCUCAUUGCUAUUUACUUGUUUCCCUCUAAGAAACAAUCUUCAGCCGUUAGCAAAGUUCUCUCCCUGUUGUACACAGUAGUGAUCCCUAUGGUGAACCCCCUUAUUUACACCUUGAGAAAUAAAGAGAUCCAAGGGGCCCUCAAGAUAAAAUUGAAUUAAUUUUUCCAAUCUGUUAGAUAUAUAUAUGAAUGGGCAGUCGCUAAUGAUUACAAGAGUCAUUACGGUCAGAGAUGCCAAAGUUACCGGUGUAAUAUUUAUGAUUCUUGGGUCAGUUUCUUACCCCCUUUGCUCUCCCUGUCUCCUCCCACUUUACCCAGUCCCUGACUGCAAGAAGAUAAUGGGAAUGGGCUCAGUGGGUCCAGGACAGAGAGGUUGCGCCUAAAAGUACUUCCCCAGUCUGAUUGGCCGAUACCCCACUUACUGUGUAGGCGCUACACUCCAGGUCUUGUCUCCACGUUGCCUCGACUGUAGAACAAGCGCCCGGAGGGGACAGACUUGGCGCACCCUAACGGUAGAUAUACAUUGGCUAAAAGGAUUAUUUAGGGUACGGCCAUUUUGCCUUGGCUUUCCCCAUACAAAAAGUCACUUAUACAAAUGCAUAAAACCAAUUUACAAAUUACUUGUACAACAAAUUUUGAAAAUGUGCAUCUUUAUACCAACUGCUGAAAAUUUGCCAAAAAUCUUCUCCAAAAAUUUGGCGAAAUGCAGCUACUGAGCAACUUUUCUGACGCGCUCAACCACCACUUUUUCCUCACUUGUCAAAUUUUUGUUACAUCAAAUUUUUGCUAAUGGCGAAAUGCGGAAUUUGGCUGCAAAUCUGUGCCUGGAGAAAAAUUUCGCUCAUCACUAGUCUCUAUGAUAAUAUUUUAUAUGCCUUAAAAAUUCACCCCAAACCCUACUGUUCCCGCCCCAUUUCCUUGGCUAUGUAGCAGUGUGGGUGGCACAUUGUACUGAAGUAGACGCACCCGACAGGGAACUGCAGCCCAUCUUUGAGUCAAUACAGAGUUGUGAUUGGCUAUCAGCCUUCGACUGUGCAGACAUUUAGGGUACCACCACCCCUCACUGGAAACACAGGGUUUUCCCCCCAAUGUUUUACUAUGACUAAAUUAAACCCCACCUUACCUGCCCCAAGCAAAACUGUAGGUAAUGAACCUACUGAGCUUCUAGUUGGGCCUUAAGUCAGUACCAGUUAAUGGGGGGUUCUUGUGGGAGGUCUUGGCUCAAUGAGAAUGUGCUGCUCUCUGUAUAACUGUAUCCGGUGGUGCUAAAAGUUGACAAAAAUUUACUAUGCAUCUAAAUGGCUAAAAAUCCGAAUCUGAUGUAGAAGUCAAUGGCCGA